AUGCUUGAUGGGUCAAGCCCCCAGGCAGGAAAAAUCUGGAAGAAGGCAGUACUCACCUUCACCUAUGAUGGCAAAAAGAUGACGGAGACCUUCCUCAUCUGUAAUACUGGCAGUCAUGCGGCCAUCCUAGGUUUGAAAUGGUUAGAUGCUCACAACCCGGAAAUAGAUUGGAACACGUGCACCCUCUCCUUCCCACACACUCCACCAGAACAUGUGGCCAUUGCCAAAGAAGAAGAAGCUGAUCAGAACCCUCUUGAAGGAGUACCCUCUGAAUACCACCAAUAUGCUAAGGUGUUUGGAGAAGAAGAAUUCAACAAGCUUCCUCCCCAUAGGCAUUACAAUAUUGGGAUUGAACUCACCAAAGAAGGCCCCCUCAAUUCCCCCCUUUACAGUAUGACAGAUGCCAAGUCUGCCACACUAAAAGACUGGCUCAGGGACGAGUUAAAGGCAGGAAAAAUCCGCCCUAGCAAAUUUUUGAUUAGUUCUCCUGUCAUGUUUGUCCCAAAAAAGGAUGGCUCUUGCCGCCUGGUUGUAGACUAUUGUUGCCUAAAUAACCAGACUAAGAAAAACGUGUACCCACUACCCCGUCCCAACAACCUCAUGGCCCAGCUCCGUGGUGCCAAGGUCUUCACUAAAUUAGACUUGCAAUGGGGUCAUAACAAUGUCCAAGUUAAGGAGGGCAACAAAUGGAAGACCGCCUUCCGCACCAAGUAUGGUCUUUACAAGUCCUUGGUCAUGACCUUUGGCCUGACAAAUGCACCUGCGGCUUUCCAACACUUCAUGAACAAGUUAUUCAAAGACUUGCUCAAUGUAUGCAUCAUCAUUUACCUUGAUGAUAUCCUUAUUUACUCCAAGGAUGACACAUCACACGCACAACACGUUCACAAGGUAUUACGUUGCCUAAUGGAAAACCAACUAUUCUGCAAGGCCUCCAAGUGUACAUUCCAUGUAACCUUGGUUGAAUAUCUAGGGAUCAUUGUAUUGGAUAAGGGUUUUAGUCUGGAUAAGCUCAAGAUCCAGGCAGUUCAAGAAUGGCCCACGCCCACCAAGGUUAAGGAAGUACAAUCUUUCCUUGGCUUUGCCAACUUCCUCCAGCGCUUUGUUGCCAACUUCAGCCACAUGGCUAGGCCACUACACAACCUAGUCAAGAAAGACACACCUUGGAAAUGGGAUAUCAAGGAACAAGAAGCUUUCCAGGGACUAAAAGACGCCAUCACCAACGCCCCAGUCCUUUGCCACGCUGAUCCAUCCAAACCGUAUUUCCUAGAGACAGAUGCCUCUGGCGCAGCCCUGGGAUCCAUACUCAGUCAACAACAGGGAGACGGCCGAUUGCAUCCGCUAGGGUUCCUGUCAGAGUCUUUCAAAGGUGCCGAGCAGAACUACAAUACCCACAAUAAGGAACUUCUUGCAAUCAUCUGUUCCUUUGAGUACUGGCGCAUUUUCCUAGAGGGAACUCAGCACCCAAUCACCAUAUUCACCAAUCACUGCAAUUUGGAAUACUGGAAGGAAUCACGCACAUUCAACCAACGCCAUGCACAAUGGCACUUACUCCUUGCCGGUUAUAACUUCCAAAUUGUAUACAGGCCAGGAAAACAAUUGGGGAAGCCAGACGCCUUGUCACGGCAAUCGGAUCACGCGGAUAUCCCACCAGAGCCCCAGUCCAUGUUACCAGAUCCGGUAUUUGCCAACAUAGCCUUAGUCACACCAGAAAAGGAGCUACAACGGCAGAUUGAGUUGUCCCUGGACCAAGACAAAUCCCUGGAAGAAAUCCUCCAAUUCCUGCAGAACAAGUCCAAAACACCCCCCUCCAUCAAACGCGCGUUCAAAGAUUACAAGAUGGAGGCUGGCCUACUGUUCUACCAAGGACAGAUUGUGGUCCCUGACGUUGGAACACUAAGGACAGAUCUACUAUGCAUCUUCCACAAUAGCCCCUUGGCAGGACAUCCAGGAAGACAACGUACUCUAGAAUUGGUCUUGCGUAAUUACUACUGGCCCAGCAUCCGUUCAGACACGUAUUGGCACGUAGAUUCCUGUGAAACUUGCCAGCAAAUUUGGAAGCCUAAAUACGCCUCCAUCCCCCUGCAACCACUCAAACUCCCAUCUAGGCCAUGGCAACAUGUUUCCUACAAUAUGAUUGUGGACCUACCACGGGAUGGAAACAACAACUCCAUCCUGGUUAUAGUAGAUAGCUUCACUAAGUACGGCAUCUUUGUUAAAUGUUCCAAAAAACUCAAGGCACCCAAACUUGCGGAGCUGUUUCUGGAACAUGUAUGGAAACGCCAUGGGAUGCCAGAAAAGACAAUAUUGGAUAGAGGCAGGGUCUUCAAUAACAAGUUCUUACGAGCCCUGUACAAGCAAUUAGGCAUUGAUCCUCACUUCUCCUCUGCCUAUCACCCCCAGAGCAAUGGUCAAACAGAACAAGUAAACCCGUCCAUUGAGCACUUUCUCAGGGCUUACUCAGGGAUUAAUCAACGGGACUGGACAAAAUGGUUGCCUAUGGCCAAAUUUGCAUACAACAAUGCAGUCCACAGUAGCACAGGGAAAACACCGUUCAAAGCCCUGUACGGGUGGGAACCUACCUUGACACCAUCCAACGUCCCUACCAAUGUACCAGAAGCAGAUGACCUAGCCGAGACAAUGGAAAAACAAUGGAGGGAAGUGGAAUCCGCCCUGCAACAAUCUAAGCAACAAAUGGUUGACGGAGAAAGUGGGGCCCCAGUAGAAUUUGAGGUUGGAGAAGAAGCAUGGCUUGAUGCCAAGAACGUGAACCUCAAAACCCUAAGCCCAAAACUGACAGAACAACGCUUAGGGCCAUUCAAGGUCACCAAAAAAAUCUCCGACCGCGCUUACUGGCUUGAACUGCCUCCAACCAUGCGUAUCCACAAUGUCUUCUACAUGGGACUCUUGUCUAAAGUCAAAAGGGAUGACAAACGCACCUUUGAAAAUCGCCCCCCUCCAGUCACUGUGGAUGGGGAAGAGGAAUAUGAGGUAGAAGGAAUAACGGACAUGGAAGAAAGGAACGGAAAAUGGUUCUUCAGAGUCAAAUGGAAGGGCUAUGGUCCAGAGGAAAACACGUGGGAACCCCGGGAGAACCUCAAAAAUGCGGAAAAAUUUUUAAAGAAGUACAAAAAAGAGAUGAAGAAAAAGGCCCUUAGAGGGGGGGCAGUGUCGUAG